CCUGAAAUAUGUGGGAACUGAUGUUCACAGCAUAGUUGAAAUUAUCUACUUUUCUUAAAGAAGUCUUGGAUUGAUCAUAAAUAAGUAAUGUCGUGGUCAAAGGAGACAACGAGGCCCUCACUCCACCAGACACAGCACAAGUUCAGCAGUAAGAUGAGUGAUGACAAUCAAGACACUUUUAGAAAUGUCAGCCGGAAGCCAGGCCUGCAGAUAUGGACCAUCAAUAAUAUGGAGAUGGUGCCUGUACCAGCCCAAGGCUUUGGUAACUUCUUUGAGGGAGACUGUUACAUUGUUCUAAAUAUAAGUGAGAACAAGGGAUCCGGCCUAACAGCUGACAUCCACUUCUGGAUAGGAAAUAAAUCUUCUCAGGAUGAGCAAGGCGCAGCAGUCAUGUACACCACCCAGCUCGACGAGUACCUGGAUGGCAAUCCAGUCCAGCACAGGGAGGUACAGGGCAAUGAGUCACCCCGAUUCAAAAGCUACUUCAAAAAUGGCCUCAUUUACAAGAAGGGCGGAGUGGGGUCAGGUUUUCACCACGUUGACACAAAUGUCUACAAUAUCCUGCGAUUGCUGCACAUCAGAGGGAUGAAGCAUGUCACAGCAAAAGAGGUGGAGGUGUCCUGGAACAGCUUUAAUAAUGGAGAUAUAUUUCUGCUGGAUAUGGGGAAAACCAUAGUGCAGUGGAACGGCCCGCAAAGCAACAGGAAGGAGAAACUCAAGGCAUUGCUGUUGGCUCAGGACAUUCGGGACCGGGAGAGAGGAGGUCGUGCACAGAUUGGCAUCAUAGAGGGCGGAGAUGAGCAGAGCUCACCAGAGCUGAUGAAAAUCCUGACAACGGUGCUUGGCCAAAGAACCGGGCCACUGAAGGAGGCUAUCCCUGAUGACAGCCCAGAUCAAGUGCAGGCCACCAACGUCAGGCUCUACCACGUUUUUGAAAAUAAUGGGAAUCUAGUGGUUCAAGAGGUGGCCACGCAGCCUCUAACGCAGGACCUGCUGCAGUCAUCUGACUGUUACAUUGUGGACCAUGGAGGUUCUCAUGUGAUGGUGUGGAAAGGCAAACAGGCCUCCAAAGAAGAGCGGCGGGAAGCUCUGAACAGGGCACUGGGCUAUAUCAAAGCCAAGAACUACCCAUCCAACACUCCUGUGGAGGUGAUGGCUGAGGGAGGAGAGUCAGCCAUGUUCAAGCACUUGUUCAAGUCCUGGAGAGAUAAAGGACAAACCCAGGGGCUGGGCACCACACACAGCAUGGGAAAGAUAGCUAAGGUGGACCAGAUGAAAUUUGAUGUAAUGGAGCUUCAUGCACGUCCUGAACUGGCAGCACAGCAGCGCAUGGUCGACGAUGCCUCUGGAGAUGUGAAAGUGUGGCGCAUUGAGAACUUGGAGCUGGCUGAAGUAAAUCCAAGUACUUAUGGACAGUUCUAUGGAGGAGACUGCUACUUGGUCCUAUACACAUAUCAAAGGUCAAACCAGCAGCAGUACAUACUUUACAUGUGGCAGGGUCGUCACGCCACUAAAGAUGAGAUCACAGCUUCUGCCUACCAGGCUGUCAAUAUUGAUAACAAGUACAAUGGAGCCCCGGUCCAGGUCAGGGUGGUCAUGGGAAAGGAGCCUCAUCAUUUCCUGGCUAUUUUCAAAGGCAAACUUAUCAUCUUUGAGGGUGGCACUGGUCGCCCAGGUGUGGUCAACCCUGACGGCGGUACCAGGCUCUUCCAGGUGAGAGGGACCGACGAGUUAAACACCAAGGCCACCGAAGUUUUGGCCAGGGCCUCAUCUCUCAACAGUAAUGAUGUAUUCAUCCUGAAGACUGAGCAAAUGUGCUAUUUGUGGUAUGGAAAGGGCUGCAGCGGGGAUGAGAGGGUGAUGGGGAGAGCAUUGUCUGAUGUUGUGUCCAAACAGGACAAGCAGGUGGUGAUGGAGGGCCAGGAGCCAGCUGAAUUCUGGGUAGCUCUGGGAGGAAAGGCCCCCUAUGCUAGCGACAAGAGACUGCAGAGGGAGGAGCCUCCUCACAGUCCCCGCCUAUUUGAAUGCUCCAAUCAGACUGGUCAGUUUAAGAUGACCGAGGUGGAGGACUUUGCCCAGAGUGACCUGGACGAGGAGGAUGUCAUGCUACUGGACACCUGGGAGGAGCUUUUCUUGUGGGUUGGAAUCUCAGCAAACCAGUAUGAGACCAAAGAAGCGUGGAACAGUGCGCAGGAAUACUUGAGGACCCACCCAGCGGGCCGUGACCCCAGCACACCCAUUAUCCUUGUCAAACAGGGAUAUGAGCCGCCUACCUUCACUGGCUGGUUCAAUGCGUGGGAUCCUCAUAAGUGGAGCGGAGGCAACUCCUAUGAGGAGAUGAGAAAAAACCUGAGUGAUGCAGCAUCUCUCUCACAAAUCACUGUAGAUCUGAACAACACUGACCUAAAUAGGAGUCCAGUUGGGGUGGGUGGAGGUGGUUAUAGAGCUCCAGGGGGCCCAGCGAGCUCCUCUCCAGUCAACAACCAUGUAGCUGACUUGUCUCCUAGAGCCUCUUACCCCACCAGCACAACCCAGUCCUCCACCUCUGCUGGAGGCUCUGGGAUGGUUCUGGAUCCUGAGCUCCUCAUCAACAAACCUCCCAGUGAGCUGCCACUAGGCGUGGACCCCAGCCAGAGAGAGGUCUACCUGACUGAUGUGGAUUUCGAGAACCUCCUUGGGACCAGACGCGCAGACUUCCUCCGCUUGCCAAAGUGGAGGCAGAAUGACUUAAAGAAAAAAGCAGGACUUUUCUGAGAAGGAUUUACUAUUACAUGGAAACGCUGUCAAGCUCGUUUCAUUGUAAUGCAGAUAAGGGUCUUUGUAAAGCAAACUGUAGGGCAGCAUUUUAAGAAACGUGUGAGC